CACGCACACAGACACACACACACACGCACACCUAUACACACACACAUAGACAUCAACGCGUCAAACCACACGGGUUGAACCUGUCAUAUAAUGGCUGUUCCACCCACCUAAGCGCCAGCCCUGGGCCUAGGACCUCAGAUUUAAGCGAAAACACAUUUUUUUCACGAUUUGCGCAGCGAAGGGAAGCUGUAUUUUUGCGCUGGGAACGAGAGAAUGCGUUUUUUCUCGUUAGCGUGCUGUUGACAUCCCUGGCCAGCCCAGAGCGUGUUUUGUGCCAACAGGGGGGUCGAGCGGAGACUGUUCUGGUAUUUUUGGUGAGGGAGAGAGAGACGGAGCAUCUUUCCGCAGAGUAAAAGGUAAAAGACGGGAAAUCUCAGAGCCACGUCCAAAAAUAGGCGCACGGAUAACGGAGAGAAGACGAGGAGGCUUUGGAGACUGUAUUUUUUGACACUUCAACAUGGUGUCCACAAUUCUGGCUGUGACGCUAUGUGUCACACUCCUGCACAUGACUACAGGUGCAGCUUUUGUGACCCCUGACCCUGAAGCUCCUCCCACCAUGACAUCUGACCCACGUCCACUGGGUGAGUUGAUCCAUGCAGCGUUGAUGAGUAAGGAGUAUCUUGGCCAAUCCUCUGGCAACAUAGGCACAACCACCAACCCGACCCAGGCCGUCCCAUCCAUCGACCCUGUUUCCACUGUGAUGUCACCAGGUGUUCUGACCACUGCCGUGACGUCAUCUGCUGCCCCCCAAGCUGGCCAGUCUGGAGGACGGAGUGCUGUGACGUCACCGCCAGCUGAGGAGGAGACCACAACGACGCUGAUCACCACAACGACAAUCACGACAGUUCACACACCAGUGCAGUGCAAUGCUAGUCUCUCUGGGAUGGAGGGAAUAGUGGAGUCUCCUGACCCCCUUUCUUCAUCGUCUCCCUUUUCACCACUUGAGUGCACCUACAGCAUCACUGUGUAUCCUGGAUAUGGGGUAGAAAUACAGGUGAAAAAAAUGAACUUAUCUAAGGAGGAGACCCUCACCAUCCUGGGCCUGGGGGAGCCAGGGCCUGAGCUACUAGCCAAUGAGAGCAUGAUGAGCGAAGGUCAGGUGAUCCGCAGCGCAACCAACCAGGUGCAGAUUCACUAUCGGAGCCUGAAGCAGACCAAUCACGGCGUUUUCAGCUUUCACUACCAGGCGUUCCUGCUCUCCUGCCCGUUCCCUCUUUCCCCAGAGGGUGGGGGUGUGACUGUGACGGACAUUCACCCUGGUGGCCAGGCUCAUUUCCACUGUGACCCGGGUUUCCAGGUCAGAGGUCAUGAGGUGGCCACCUGCCUGAACUCCACCCGACCCCGCUGGAGCAUGCCUGAGCCUCAGUGUGUCGCUGUGUCCUGUGGAGGAUGGAUCAGAAAUGCCACAGUGGGCCGUAUCCUCUCUCCCACCGUCCCCUCCACCAGUAAUCUCAGCAGUGGCAGCAACUUGAGCUGCCAUUGGCUCCUGGAGGCCAAAGAGGGCCACAGGCUCCACCUCCACUUUGAGAGAGUGGCUCUUGAUGAGGAUGAUGACAAACUGAUUGUCCGAGGUGGGAAUAACUCUAACGCUCCGCUUCUCUUCGACUCGGAUCUGGACGAUGUUCCUGAGCGUGGAAUCGUCAGUGAGGGAUCAUCGCUCUAUCUGGAGCUAACUGCAGACUCCUCCUCCAUCCCUCUGCUGCUGGCACUCCGUUACGAGGCGUUCGAUGGAGAGCACUGUUAUGAACCCUACGUUCCACAUGGAAAUUUCAGCAGCACUGACAUGUCCUUCCCUCUGGGCACGACCGUAACCUUCUCCUGCUCUCCUGGCUUUGUGAUGGAGCAGGGAUCAGGAGUCAUGGAGUGUGUUGACCCCAGUGACCCCCACUGGAACGAGAGUGAGCCUGUUUGCAGAGCUCUGUGUGGUGGAGAGCUGGCCGAUGCUAUAGGAACAGUGCUGUCUCCUGAUUGGCCACAGAGCUACUCUAAGGGGCAGGACUGCGUUUGGCAGAUCCACGUCACUGAGGACAAGCGUGUUGAGCUGGACGUGCAGAUUCUCAACAUCCGUCACAACGACAUUCUCACCAUUUUCGAUGGGCAUGACCUCAUGUCGCAUGUGAUUGGCCAGUACUUGGGAUCACGGGAGAGAUUUCGGGUUGUGUCCGGUGGCUCAGAGGUCACUAUUCAGUUCCAGAGUGACCCCGACGAUUCCAGCUUCACCCUCAGCCAAGGCUUCCUCAUUCACUAUCGAGAGGUGGAGCCUAAUGACACAUGUCCGACACUCCCACCGGUCGAAUUUGGCUGGAGUAGCUCCUCCCAUCCGUCUCUUGUGAGGGGCAGUGUGCUCACCUAUCAGUGUCAGCCUGGCUAUGACAUUGUGGGCUCUGACAUCAUCACCUGCCAGUGGGAUCUGUCCUGGAGCAACAGCCCACCGACCUGUGUGAAAAUCCAGCAGUGUCCUGACCCAGGUGAGGUGGUGAACGGAGCGCGCUCUGUGCAUCCAGAGUUGGGUUUUGCUGUUGGGACAGUGGUGCGUUUCACCUGUAACCAGGGUUAUCAGCUGGAGGGGCCGAGCCAAAUCUCCUGCCAUGGCAGAGACACCGGCAUGCCCAAGUGGAGCGACCGCAGCCCUAAAUGUGUCUUGAAGUAUGAUCCAUGCCCUAAUCCCGGGGUGCCAGACAACGGUUACCAGACUCUGUAUAAACACAGUUACCAGGCAGGGGAGACUCUGCGCUUCUUCUGUUAUGAAGGCUAUGAGCUGAUUGGAGAAGUCAUCAUCAACUGUGUCCCCGGACACCCCUCACAGUGGAACAACCCACCACCUUUCUGCAAGGUGGCCUAUGAAGAGCUAUUGGAAGAUCACAAACUAGAAGUCUCCCAGUCAUUAGAGGCUUCCCAUCAGAUGCUGAGUGAGAACAUUGCGUUGGCCAUCAUCCUGCCAAUCAUUCUGGUCAUCCUUUUGAUUGGUGGAAUCUACAUGUACUACACUAAUGUUUGUAGGUUGCAGUGGAAGCCUUUGUUUUGGAAGUCCCUCUCACACACCCACUCCUACAGUCCAAUCACAGUGGAGUCUGACUUUAACAACCCCCUGUAUGAGGCAGGGGACACGAGGGAGUACGAAGUAUCCAUUUAAAGGCGUGAUCAUGUGGUUCAUUCAAAACCGAGGACGCAAAGAAGAACAAAACGAAGGGAUUGAAUUAUUUCAAGACACUUUUAUUCAAAGCCCAUAACUUUCCUUUUCCCACUCGUUUCCUUUUCACUCUCUUUUCAAUCUCUCUCUUGCUCUUUGCAGACGCAAUUAGCAGUAUGUUUGAGUGUGAGUGUGGGUGUGUUUGUGUCUGUGUGUGUGUGUGUGUGUGUGUGCGUGUGAAGAGAAAAGAGAGAAUCAAAAAGCAAGUGUUAUUCAUGAGCUUAUGGUUUCUCAUGAUCAGAUAUGCUUUCUAACAUUUGGUUUGGUGCCUUAGGGACUUACAACAAGGUUAAAGGAGUGACAGAAUGAGAGAGAAAAAAAAGAGUGCAAGAAUUAAUUAGAGAGAAAGGAGAAAGAGAGAGUCAAAGUUUGACUACAAAGGAUUGAUUUUUACAGUGGACAGGAGCACACACACACACAAACAUACAAACACACAGAUACAACGUCCUUAUUCUGAUUGUUGUUUCUUUAUAUACAAGCACACACACACACAUACACAAAUACAUAUACACAUAUGCACACACAAACACACACAGAAUAUAUUGAAUGUAAAUAUUUUGAUUGAAUAUCAAGGCUUAUGUAUAAAAAUUUGAUUCAGUGCCAAAAUACGACAUCCCAUAAUGUGACGUCGCUUCAUGUUUCACAGGUUUCAUGGUCUUUCCUACAUUGACGAUGUAAUAAUACUGACAAAGCCAGCGUUUCAUAAUGUUCUUUGCUGUUUCUUAAGAAUCUCUUUCUGCUAAAUGUUGAAUGACUACGGAUUAUUUAAAAAAGGGGGUGGAAUGUCUUCACGCUUAGGGCACGCAAUGAUUGUAUAUUUUACCGCUUCAGCUUAGGAUUCAUGAACAAUUAUACUUACUGUCAUCGUUUAUCAGAGUUGAUGUUGUUGCAUAUGCACUAUGUUGACAAAAAUAUAUAUAAAUAUAUAUAUAUAUAUAUAUAUAUGUACUGUGAAGAAGAAGAAGAAAAAAUCAGCUGCUUGCUGUGAUGCAGUAUCGAAAUUGAAAUGCUUUUUAUAAUGUUAUUUUUCAAUUGAAUCAUGGUUCGUUGUUAAUAUUAUGCGGUGCGUUUUCGUCUCCUCCACUGUGCCAUACCCAGAGUCCAACUGUGGGGGGACUCUGUUGCAUUGAAGUAUUAUUCAACUGUUUAUAUUGUUUAUUAAUCAUCAUUACUAUACUGUCAUGAAGGCAUUAUUUAUUUGCUAAGAUUUAAGAAUAAAUAAAAGUCUCUGUUGGAUGGUAAA